CCUGAGGUACAUUUGAAAGUCCUCUUCCUCUUUCGCUCUCUUCUCUCCGCCUCUUCCACCGUUCGUGGCGGCUCCGAUCACCAUCCCGCAACGCCAUUGCCUUGGAGUUUGGUUUUGAGAGGUGUAGCCGAGGAAAUCCGGGUUGUAGUCUCCGGCGCAGAUCCUUUGAAGGAGUUGGGAGUAGUUCUGGGAGGCUGUCGUUCUUCAAAGGAGGUAGAUGCCUGCUCCGGGUUUCUCUUCGUCGAAGUCGGAGAAGAAGGUGGAUUCCAAUAAUGCGCCGAAUAAUCCCAGGAGAGAUCCUUACGAAGUUCUCGGGGUGGCUCGCAAUGCUACGGAUCAGGAAAUCAAGAGUGCGUACAGGAAAUUGGCGCUCAGGUACCAUCCUGACAAAAAUGCAAAUGAUGCUGCAGCAGCUGAUGUUUUUAAGGAAGUCACUUUUGCAUACAGUAUAUUGUCCGAUCCAAAUAAACGACGUCAAUAUGACACAUCAGGUUUCGAGGCUAUUGAAGCAGAAGGUCAAGAGCUGGAGCUUGAUCUUUCCAGUCUUAGUACUGUCAACACUAUGUUUGCUGCACUAUUCAGUAAACUUGGUGUUCCAAUUAAGACAACUGUUUCUGCAAUUGUUUUGGAGGAGGCACUUAAUGGUUCAGUUGCUGUUUUUCCGCUUUCGCUGGGGCAGUCAAUUUCUAGAAAGGUGGAAAAGCAGUGCGCGCACUUUUAUUCAGUAGAAAUAACAGAAAGGGAGGCUCACGCGGGAGUGGUUUGUAGGGUCUGCUCAUCUGAGAAAAGCAAAUUCAAGCUCCUGUACUUCGAGCAGGAAGAGAGUGGUGGACUGAGCCUCGUGUUGCAGGAAGACAGCACUAAAACUGGCAAGGGUGCUUCAGCAGGAAUGUUCUUCCUUCGUUUUCCAGUAUAUCGGUUUGAUCCAAGCCAUUCGAUAUCAAUUGCUAAAGAUCCUGAUUCCGCCUUCUUUAAGAAAUUGGAUGGGUUUCAAGCAUGCGAGGUAAAUGAGUUGAAACCUGGCAUCCAUGUCUUUGCAGUCUAUGGCGACAACUUCUUUAAAAGUGCAAAUUACACAAUAGAAGUUAUGUCAGCGGAGAACUUUUCAGUUGAAACAAGAGAACUCCAAGACGUGGAAGCGAAGAUAUUAACUAAAAGAGCUGAGAUCUCCAAGUUUGAGAUGGAGUAUAGAGAGGUAUUAGCAAGAUUCAGAGAGAUGACCGACAGAUAUGCUCAGGAAAUGAAAGGGAUCGAUGAGCUUCUGAAGGAAAGGAAUGCAAUCCAUGCUUUAUACACCACCAAUCUUCCUUCAAAACGAACCACCUUCAAGGGGUCUAGGUGUGAAGAAGAGUGCCCGACAAAAGAAAAGAAGCCAAGGGACCGAUCGAGAAAGAAGAAAUGGUUCAAAAUUCACUUGAAGGUCGAUCGUCGAAAAGCAUGUUAAGACGCUUUGUUAUAGGUUUGCUUUUUGAAGCAUUUAGAGAUGCUGCAAAGAUCAAUCAUGGAUGCCUCUCAAGACCACAUUUUGUUCUAUCUUUGUAGGGGUCCAUUCCUUCCCUUCCCUUUUUCGUGUUCGUCGGUAGAUUAUCAAUCGCGAAUUCUGAAUGAUAUAAGCUAAUAUUAUCUAUUAGCUGUCAUUUUGGCAGUUUGGAUAUAGGCAAUGCUUUGUGUAUAUUAGACUACCAUCAAUGGUCUUGAUACCUGCCCUGAUCCUUUUCAUUCA